UUUCUAGGAAAGCGGAAUUCACCAUACUUUUCUUCAUUCGUAACUUUCCUACUAUUCAAUAUUGUAUUGGUAGCAUUGGACGGCGCCGGUAAUAGAGUAGAAAUUUUCCGACCCAUGUUUUUUAUACUUGAUCGCAAAAUCACAUUAAUAAUUAUUUUUAUUUUUAUUUUAUUAUGCCCUCCCGUGUUUAUUUAUACCUCCAGAAUAGUCAACUAAAUCAAUCAAACUCAUUUCGUAGCAGUCAAAAUCCUCAUAACUCACUCGGCAAUGGCUGCUUCGCAUUCUCUCUCAUCUCUCUCUCCUCCCCACCUCCAAUUCUCUUCCCAAACCUCUACAAGAAAGCUACCCGCUUUCUCAAAACCCUUGAGGCCUCAGCCGAUCAUCACCGCCACCAUAUCCGAGAGACCAUACAUUUCACAGCCACUUCCGCCGCCACUGACGGCGGCGACGCCCUCCACGCUACCCAUCCGCAAAAUCCCGGGAGAUUACGGGCUUCCCUUGAUCGGGCCAUGGAAGGACCGAGAAGACUUCUUCUACAAGCAAGGGCGCGACGAAUUCUUCAAAUCGAGAAUCAAGAAAUACCAAUCCACUGUGUUCCGAACCAACAUGCCACCCGGCCCCUUCAUCUCCUUCAACCCGAACGUCGUCGCCUUGCUCGACGGCAAGAGUUUUCCGGCGCUCUUCGACACCGAUAAAGUCGAGAAGAAGGACCUCUUCACCGGCACCUACAUGCCCUCCGUGGAGCUCACCGGCGGCUACCGCACCCUCUCCUUCCUCGACCCAUCGGAGCCCAACCACGCCAAGCUCAAGAAGCUCAUGUUCUUCAUGCUCUCCCACCGCCGCGAUCGCGUCAUGCCGGAGUUCCACAGCAGUUACACCGAGCUGUUCGACAACUUAGAGAGAGAAUUGGCCUCCAAGGGAAAAGCCGACUUCGGGCCGCCCAGCGAUCAGGCGGCGUUCAAUUUCUUGGCCCGCUCCUUCUUCGGAGUCGACCCGAGGGAUACCAAACUCGGGGCGGACGGGCCGAAGCUCGUCACGAAAUGGGUACUGUUUCAGCUGCAUCCGCUGCUCACUCUGGGCCUGCCGCGGCCCGUUGAAGAUGGGCUCUUACACAACUUCAUGCUGCCGCCGACGUUGAUCAAGAAGGAUUAUCAAAGGCUAUACGACUUCUUCCUCGGCAACUCCGCCGCGCUCCUCGACCAAGCCGAGAAGCUGGGGCUCUCCCGCGACGAGGCCUGCCACAAUCUGCUCUACACCACGUGCUUCAACUCCUUCGGCGGCAUGAAGAAGCUCUUCCCCAACAUGCUCAAGUGGGUCGCCCGCGCCGGGACCAGGCUCCACACGGAUCUCGCCAGGGAGAUCCGGGCGGCGAUCGCGUCCCGCGGCGGCGGCGGCGUGACCAUGGCGGCGAUGGAGGGCAUGCCGCUGAUGAAGUCGGUGGUGUACGAGGCGCUGCGCGUGGAGCCGCCCGUGGCGUCGCAGUACGCCAAGGCGAAGCGCGACUUCGUGGUGGAGUCGCACGACGCGGCGUUCCGGAUCAAGGAGGGGGAGAUGCUGUUCGGCUUCCAGCCCUUCGCCACCAAGGACCCCAGGAUAUUCAGCCGGGCCGAGGAGUUCGUGCCGGACCGGUUCGUCGGCGAAGAAGGGGAGAGGCUCUUGAAGCACGUGGUCUGGUCCAACGGCCCGGAGAGCGGCCACGCCACCGUCAACAACAAGCAGUGCGCCGGGAAGGACUUUGUCGUGCUGGCGGCCAGGCUGCUGCUGGUGGAGCUCUUCCGCCGCUACGACUCAUUUGAUAUUGAGGUUGCGGCAUCGCCGUUGGGCUCCGACAUCACAUUGACGUCGUUAAAACGGGCAAGCUUUUAGAUUGCGGGAGGGGUUGCUGAGGUUUUUGUCGGCAGUGGCGUGGCUGAGUUUGGAUCGCCGGCGAAGUAGUGGUGGUAGGUGGAAAAUUUUAAUUAUUUGUUUAGAGAUAUUAGUUGCCCAUAGAGGAUAUAGUGCGUUUGUGCGGUUGUAUAUUUUGAUAUUUUAGUUGUAUAUGUUACCUUUUUCUUUUUGUGAAUUUCUUCCCACAAAUUUAAUAUAGAAUUUAUUUUUUUCUCAA